AUGAAGUGGAUUGGGUUCCUCAGCCUGGUGGCCCUCUCAGAGUGCUUGGUCACAAUCCCUCUGACAAAGAUCAAGUCCAUGCGAGAAAGCCUCAGGGAGAGAGACCUGCUGAGCAGUUACCUGCAGGAGCAUCCCUACAGCCAGGCCUACAGAUUUCUUCACAGACAGGAAGGAGUCACUGUGGAGCCCAUGAGGAGCUACCUGGAUCUGUACUACGUCGGCACCAUCAGCAUUGGCACGCCCCCUCAGGAGUUCAAGGUCAUCUUUGACACAGGCUCAGCUGACUUGUGGGUGCCCUCCAUCUACUGCUCCAGUCCCGCCUGUGCCACACACAGGACCUUCCACCCUGGGAAGUCCUCCACCUUCCUGAGCACGGGCCGGCCCAUCUCACUCCACUAUGGCUCCGGGAGCAUGACGGGACUGCUGGGCUCUGACAACGUCAGGAUCGGAGACCUUGUUGUCAAAUACCAAGCAUUUGGCCUGAGCCAGACAGAGUCCAGCAAGUCCUUUGAAUAUGGGGUUUUUGACGGCAUCCUGGGCCUAAGCUACCCCACCAUGGCACUCAAAGGUACCACCCCUGUCUUCGACAGCAUGUGGAAACAAGGCCUCCUUUCGGAGAACCUUUUCGCCUUCUACUUAAGCACCAACACAGAGAUGGGCAGCGUGGUGAUGUUCGGCGGGGUGGACCACUCCUACUACACGGGAGAACUGAAGUGGGUGCCGGUGAGCAGACAGGGCUACUGGCAGAUAACCGUGGACAGCAUCUCCAUGAAUGGGAAAGUUAUUGCUUGUGAUGGCAGCUGCCAGGCCAUUGUUGAUACCGGGACCUCACUGCUGAUUGGCCCGAAUUACCAUAUCUUCAACAUUCUGAAGAUCAUCAACGCCCGGCCCACCAGCACUGGCGAGUACAUCAUCAACUGCAAUACCAUCCGCGUCCUGCCGGACAUCGUCUUCACCAUCAAUGGCGUCGGGUACCCAGUGCCAGCCAGUGCCUACAUCCGGAGGGGUCAGUCCAACGUCUGCUACAGCAACCUCGAUGACAGCUUUGGCCACAGCCUCUGGGUCCUGGGGGACGUCUUCCUGAGGCUGUAUUUCACCGUGUUUGAUCGGGCGAACAACAGGAUUGGCUUGGCACCUGCGGUGGCAUAG